AGCAUCAUGCUAACAGCAGGAAACAGGAGGGAGGAGGAGACUCAAAACUGAUACUCUGGAUGUGUUUCUGACAGUUAUACAAUGGAGUGUGAGGGUUACUGAACUUCGUGAUCAUGAUCCGGACUUUUUGUGGAGCGACUGUGAAGGCUGUCGGGACCGCGAGGCCCAUAAAGGAGGUCAGACGGCUACACAGCUCGUAUGACGUUGCGGUGGUGGGGGGGGGCAUCGUGGGUCUGGCCACCGUCAGAGAGCUGAUCCUGAGACACCCGACACUCAGCUUCAUCCUGCUGGAGAAGGAGAAGGAGCUCGCGGUGCAUCAGAGCGGUCACAACAGCGGAGUGAUCCACAGCGGGAUCUACUACACCCCCGGCUCUCUGAAGGCCCGGCUGUGUGUGCGCGGCGCCACGUUAGCUUACGAGUACUGCGACAAGAAGGGACUGCCCUACAAGAAAUGUGGAAAGCUGAUCGUGGCCACGGAGCAGGAGGAGAUCCCCCGGCUGCAGGCUCUGUACGAGCGCGGCAUGAAGAACAACGUGAGAGACCUGAGCAUCGUCGACGCUGAAGGCAUCCGCGAGAGAGAGCCUUACUGCAGGGGCAUCAUGGCUCUGGACUCUCCAUACACCGGCAUCGUGGACUGGAGGAUGGUGGCUCUCCGGUACGGGCAGGACUUUGAGGAGGCGGGGGGGACGGUGGUGACGGAGUCCGAGGUCAACGACAUCUGCUCGGCGACGGAGAGCCAGGCCGGGAGCACAGAGGGUAUGAAAUACCCUAUUGCAAUCAGAGAUAAAAAGGGCAGGGAGGUGCGGUGCCGCUUCGUUCUGACCUGCGGGGGUCUCUACUCGGACCGCCUCUCUCAGAUCUCAGGCUGCAGCAGUGAGCCGAGGAUCGUUCCCUUCAGAGGAGACUACCUGGUGCUGAAGCCCGAGAAACACUACCUGGUGAAGGGCAACAUCUACCCCGUCCCUGACCCCCGGUUUCCCUUCCUGGGAGUCCACUUCACUCCGAGGAUGGACGGGAGUGUUUGGCUCGGUCCGAACGCCGUGCUGGCCUUCAAGAGGGAGGGCUACAAAGUUUACGACUUCAACGUCCGGGACUUUGCAGACGCUCUCUCGUUCAGGGGUCUUCAGAGGCUGGUGAUGAAGAACAUGGUGUACGGGAUGGGAGAAAUGUAUCGAGGGAUUUUCAUUGGUGCACAGGUCAAAAUCCUGCAGAAGUACAUCCCCGAACUCUCGCGGAGUGACGUGCUCAGGGGUCCUGCAGGGGUCCGGGCUCAGGCUCUGGACCGAGACGGGAACCUGGUGGACGACUUCGUGUUUGACGGCGGCGUCGGGGAGGUGGGCAGCCGUGUUCUCCACGUGAGAAACGCUCCAUCACCCGCCGCCACCUCGUCACUCGCCAUCGCUGAGAUGGUGGCCGACGAGGUGGAGAAACGCUUCGAUCUGUAGAGCAAGAUCACAGAAUAAAGAAGAGAGAAAACCAAAAAUCAUCCUUAUCUUGACAGUGAAAAUAUUUGUUAUCCAACUAUCCCUACCUCAACAUCACUGCCAUCAUGGAGCCUUAAUGUGGAGAAGAAAUUUACAUAUUUCACAUUUUUCAACAGUUUUUACUUAAGUGUUGUUUUAAGUUGCUUCACAUGUUAACUUUACUACAUUUCAAUACAAGUGCAGCCUUUAGAACUUGUUAGCCUGCCAACGCUAGCCUGCCAACGCUAACCUGCUAACGCAACAGGUGUUCAGGCAGAAAAUAACCAACAACUUGUAGCUGUUAGUAAGCUGACAACAAGCUGAGCUCCCAUGACUUAACAGUGUACUUAAUUAGCCAUUAUUCUCUCUUAGCUUUAGCAACAUUGUUAUUAGCCAUUAGCUCUUUUAGUUAGCCGCUGUUUUACAGUAGCAACUGGCUAGCCUCACAAGCAUCCAAACUAGUGCAUUUCGGAUAAGAAAAAUCUUAUCAGUUUAAUGUUUUAAACGUACUUUUUUAAGGAGAUUGAGGGUUUUUAAAACUAUAAAUCUUGUAUGGUUCUUUUGAGGACAUGCGGUUUUUAUUUGUGUUUUGACUGUAUGAGAGAUUAAUUUGUCCCUGUCAUUUUCAUAUUUUAAUACUGUAAAGCCUGCCGGGUUUUGUCAGACAUGCUCCAGAAAUGUAUAAGAAUGAGAAAAAAGGAAAGGAAAAAAUAAGGAUUUUGUCCUUAAAUAUAAUUGUGUCAUAAUGUAAACAUGAUGAUCUCUAGUUUUUUGUCAACAAUCUGUAUGAAAAAAGUGGGAUUUUAUUUGUAAAUGUCAUAACACACAGUUAAUCAGUUUUAUCUUCAAUAAUUGUGUUAACAAUUAACAAUAUAGUCUUAUUGUCAUAUUUAUAUUCACUUAAGAAGGAGUUGUGUUGGGGUGCUAAUUUCAUUUAAUUCUGCCUAAUUUGCACUUUCUACAUGUUCAAGAGCUUCACAUUUUCCAGACAAUGUAUAUAUAUCAAAAUUCUAUUAUUUCAUACGUUUUAUUGACAUUGAAUGUUGAGUAUUUUGUACCAUAAAUACAUAUUUUUGAAGAGCA